GCGGCUGUGCCGCUAUUUAGGAGCAGCGGCCGCGGAGUGCGGGCGGCGACGCCGGAAGUUCUGUGCAGGAUGUUUUCUAGGUGGAGCUGGGUGGCCUGUGGCUUCUAUCUGGUGUUGAAUAUUUGUUCUCCUGAUGCUUCGGGCGGACUUGUGCAAUCAUGUGGUCACAUCAUCCCAGAGUCACCUGUACUGGCCGUUGGUUCCAAUUUCACAGCAUUAUGCAUUCUGAAUGAGAGUUGUCUUGACUUUGGCAAUAUCUAUGCCAGUCAGAUUAUCUGGAAGAUUAAAAAUAGAGUGGUACCUAAAGAACAGUAUCGUGAAAUAAACAGAACAGUUUCCAGUGUCACAUUCAAUGACACUUCCUCACUAGCUACUCCUCUGACAUGCAACAUUUUAGCAGAUGGACAUAUUGAACAGAACAUUUAUGGAAUUACGGUUACAGUAGGCUUGGCCCCGGAGAAGCCCAAGAACUUAAGUUGCAUUGUGCAUCAGAUGUCAAAAUUCACAUAUGUUAUGACUUGUACCUGGAACCCUGGAAGGCACACAUUCCUGGAUACUCAGUUCAGAUUGAGAUACAGCUGGCCAGAGGAGAUCUUUCCUGACUGUAUACCAAAAGAUGUAAACAAUUCUUGCACCAUUACUGAUAUUCAGUUCUUCGUUAACACGGAGAUCUGGGUAGAAGCAACAAAUGCCCUUGGGAAGGCUGAAUCUGAUCCUCUUGUUGUUGAUCCCAUUGACAUUGUUAAACCACUGUCUCCACAGAAUGUAUCAGUCAGCUCAGGAGUACUACCUACUGUUCUGAAGCUUUCCUGGGAGAAUUGGAUUUCAGAUGCUGUGAUGACGCUGAAAUUCAAUAUUCGCUACAGGAUUGUUGGUGACACGAACUGGAUGGAGGUUCCUUCUGAAGAUACAGCUUCCCCAAGAACUUCGUUCAGUGUUCAAGGUCUCAGACCCUAUACAGAGUAUGUCUUUUCCAUUCGUUGUAUGAAGGAAGAUGGAAUGGGCUACUGGAGUGACUGGAGUGAAGAAAAGAUCGGGAUUACCACUGAAGAUCAACCAUCUAAAGGACCACCCAUAUGGAGGAUCAUUGAUAAAUCUCACUCACCAGCUUGCUGGACUGUGCAUCUAAUAUGGAAGGCACUGAAGCCAUUUGAAGCCAAUGGAGUAAUCUUGCAGUAUGAAGUGACUGUCAGAGAUAAAUCAUCUCUUUCUGCUCCAGUGAAGAAAUACAAUGUUACCAGCACCAACCAUACCUUACAGCUGCCGGAGGGAACUUACGAAGUGACUCUGAUUGCCCGUAACAGCGUUGGGGCAUCUCCUCCAUCAGUUUUACUUAUCCCAGCAAGUAAUUCAAAACCUCCUGUGAAGAAUCUUAGAACAUUACCUAAACAUGACAAGUUGUGGGUAGGGUGGACUGCUCCUAACGGUUAUGUUCUUAAAUAUGUGAUUGAAUGGUGUCUGGUGUCCAGCAGCUCAGACUGCAUCAUAGAAUGGCAGAUUGCACUAGGAGAUGUUCAAGGUGUCGAAUUAAAAGGUAUAAAGCCUUUCAAGUGUUACUUGAUAACUGUGUACCCUCUGUAUGCUGAUGGUCAAGGAAGUGGACAGUCUGUGAAGGCUUAUCUUAAGCAAGAUCGUCCUUCGAAAGGACCUACUGUUCAGACAAAAAAAGUAGGAAAAGCUGAAGCUGUUUUGACGUGGAACCAUCUCACAGUUGAGGAACAAAAUGGAUUUAUCCGAAAUUACACCAUACUUUAUAAAACCAUUGAUGGAAAUGAAACAGUUGUGACAGUGGAUCCUUCCAAGACAGAGUAUACCCUUUCCUCUCUAACCAGUGACACCCUAUAUACUGUGCGUAUGAUGGCAUCCACAGAUAAUGGGAGCAGAACCGGUCCUGAUUUCACAUUUACUACGCAAAAAUUUGGAAAAGGAGAAAUUGAAGCCAUAGUUGUACCUGUGUGUCUAGCAUUCCUGUUGAUUGUGCUCCUUGGAGUUCUGUUUUGCUUCAACAAACGUGACCUAAUUAAAAAGCAUAUCUGGCCUAUUGUACCUGAUCCAUCCAAGAGUAACAUUGCUCAGUGGUCUCCUCAAGUUCCAGCUAAGCAUAACUUUAAUUCCAAAGAUCAGAUGUACCCAGAAGGCAGCUUUACAGAUGUAAGCGUUGUAGAAAUAGAAGCUGACGACAAGAAGUCUUUUUCAGAACAAGAUCUAAAACCCUUUGACUUGCUUAAAAAAGAAAAGACUACUUCAGAAGGGCACAGCAGUGGUAUUGGAGGAUCCUCGUGCAUGUCUUCUCCUAGGCAAAGCGUGUCUGACAGUGAUGAAGGUGAAACGACACAGAACACAUCAAGCACUGUACAGUAUUCAACUGUAGUGCUUAAUGGCUACAGAGACCAGACACCUGUACAAGUCUUUUCAAGGUCUGAGUCAACUCAGCCACUGCUAGAUUCAGAAGAGAGACCAGAGGAUCAUGCUGGAGGAGCUGACAGUCCAGCACAGAGGCAGCAGUAUUUCAGACAAAAUGGUGGUCAGGAUGAAAUCAACACAGACAGGCCGUGCUUUGAAAGAACAAAGCAGAUUACUCAUGCUAAUGAGGGAGAUCUUGCUGGAUUUGUUCAACUGCAGAUCUCAGGUCAGAGUUCACAGCCAUUGGGCCUUGGGAUGGAAAAAAAUACCCAGGAGGCUGCUCUAUCAAAUGUUUUACAGACAUAUACUGAAGGACAGACUGUGAGACCUGAAACAGUGGAAGAAAAUCCACUGUCAGUUGAUGAAAUGCCAAAAAGUUACCUCCCACAGACUGUGAGACAAGGGGGCUAUAUGCCUCAGUGAGAGAGAAGACUGGCUGUGUUUAGGCCUUCAUUAGUGCCUGUUCACAUCUUCCCCUGUGUUUCUGAUAAAGUAAGCUAGGUAUUUUUAUCUUACUGCAGAUUGAAAAACUGAAAUUGAGCGAAGAGUAAUUUGACAAAAUACAAUAAGGACUGUUUUUGUGGAAAAUUUCCAGUCCAGACCUACUGGAGAUUUACUUUUAUGCACUACAUAAAACCUUACAUCUGGAUAGCUGAACGAGCCUUUGUGCUACAUUGGGCAUUUUGUGUCUCUUCAUAACAGAAUUUCACAUGACUGAAAAGGUCAAGUUUUAAAUAUUCACAUCAGCCAAUAGACCUCCCAGAAGAAACACUUUGAUGCGUGGCAGUGUACAAGCCUAAAAAGCCAGCUCUAGUUGCACAGUGCAGCUUUGUGCAAAAGUAAGACUGAAACUCAGUUUUCUGACAUGGAAGAAUACUUGUGUGAUAUACUUUUCAAUAACUUAAUUGACUUACUGAAUUUUGACUUGGCCCACUGCCUCAAUUUUCAGCUUCCCAGACCUGCAAAUAAUGUUCGUUCCUGUUUAAAAACCAUAAAAAUUAAAUAUAACUUGCUAUGGUGUACAAAUAGGAAAACACCAAGAUUGCUUGAAUCUGAAUGCUACUAUAGUAAUUGAUACUUUACCUACAUUUAGAUAUAUGUACACAUGAACUAUAGAGUAAUUUGGCCUAAAAAAUGUGCCUUGCAACUUGACACACAGCAAUUCAGUCUCAUAUUCAAAAGUUUGGAAAUCAGAUGCCAACACAGAUCAGCAGUUAAAGGCUAUCACUAUUUCUGUUUAAGUUUUAUAUAAUUAAAGUUCUGUGGUCAUGUAAGCCUUUGUUUAGUACACUUUGCUGUGUACAGCUCAAGUAACAAGCUGUGAGCUUUUACCUUUUUUCUGAGUGCUCAGGAGAAAGGAAAUACAACUUUCCUCCUGACAGACUGUAGGUAUUAGUGUGCUGUAACCUCGCUGCUAAUACUGCAGGACUUGAAAAUGAAAGCAGCCAAAGCAUUGAAGUCAUUGAUGCUCUUGGAACUAAAACCAAAACCUGUACUCUGAAUUUGAACUUUGGUGAUAGUUCAUAUCUAUUAGUAAUCGUGAGCCACAAAACACACUUCAGUGGUUUUUAAAAUUCCUUACCUUUUUCUUAAUGUCUCACUUUUUCCCUGCUCAUACAGUUUACACUUUUUUGAGGAAGCUACAUUUCUUGGAGACUUCUUCUACCAGUGUUUAAGCAAAAAUUAAAUUACGUGACAAGAAACCCCUUCUCCAGUGAUAACCAGAAGUUUUAUGGCACUCUUAAAGAUUUUUUUUUUAAUUAACUUUAAAUCUAAUAUAGGCUAGUCAGCUUUCUAAUCUGACACUAAUUAAACUCUAUUUCAAAACACUAAAUGCUGUUUUGUGAGACUAAAACAAGUGUUUUAUUUCUCCUUCAGCAAAAUAGCUAUGUAUUUAAAACCACCUGAAACCUUUUGUGCUGUGACCUCUGGUACUGCUGUUCUGCAAAGCAGUUGCUAAAAGCCCUUGAAAGGCCUGUGUCAGUAUCAUUUCAUCUUCCCUUGUUCUGCCAGCUUGUGUGGAAGGAUGGGUAUACAUGUAAAUGUCUACAUGUGUCUUCUGAUUUUGUUAUCAAGAAAUUAAGUGCAAGAGUAAAUUCGUAAGAUUAUCUCUUGAAGUUUGGAAUAAUUUAAAACAGAUAAAGAAUGCAGAAUCUUUAACAACAUUUCAGUAUUCCACAGUUCUUUUCUUCUGACAGUAUUUUUCUGUAUGUAGGCACAUUUUUUAAAUUAAAAGGUUAUGUUGCAGCUAAUUAUAAUUACAGCUUUCUUCAGACCAGUCCUUUUCCUUUUCAUCCUACUGCACCUCAGCACCUUCAAACUCCCUCCCAGAGGGCAAAGG